CAUGUUAGGAUAUCAAAUGAAGACAUUUAUCAGCCUAUUACAGUGCGCGCUUCUAUUGCCGGUGUUGUGGGAUCUAGCGACAGGAAUAGUAGCAGAUAAACUGACAAGGGACACAACAAUUUCAAACAGUGUUAUUAUGAAUGCACUUGCGCAUCUUAUACAUCAACCCAUAUACUACAUACAACCAGAAAGCCGGAGUGAGAGAUUGCGCGGGAUUUAUUCAUACCUCAAACAUCAUCCCGUACUCAUGGAACGGAGACUGCACGUGGGCUCACAUCCUCCUCAGAUGUAUCCAAAUACACAGAAAAGAGACGGUUCAUUUGUCCCCGGGAUGGCCCAGCCUGCGUGUCCGUAUACCACAGACUGGCGCCUUAUCUAUGAGGCUAAGGAUAUCAACGACUCAGACGUGGAGGUUUUUCAGCCCACGGGCGUCGAUAUUUCAGGACGUCAGUGGUUCUACACCGUCACGUGUGACACAGAAAUUCUGAAGCUAGAAAAUCCCAGCUGUAACAACUGCUGCCGAGGCGUGAAUAACCGCAGAUAUGCGUCUCAGUGUCUGCCUAAGAAGUCAUUCGUGAUGGCCCUGGUACGGCUCUCUCCUUCCGCGACAUUCGACUGGAACUGGAUCCAACUGACGACCAGCUGCAGCUGUGCUGUGUCCCCUGUGUCGGACACAUAGACCGUCCAACAGAGUACGCCUAUCAGAGGGCCCCGCACGAAUCAACUGGAAUUCACAUCAGUUGAACGACGUUGACCGUUGCUAAUGCAGAUUUUAAUUUGUCACGUGGUAUCAUGAACUGACAGAGGUGUACAACCUUAAUUAAGUGCUGGUCAUAGAUAAAGUACAUAUAUAUUUUUAAAUUCGUCAAUGACCAGCACAAAGAAUCACUAUGAAAUGUAUGAAAAAAUAAUUUAAUGUUGUUUUCGUUUUAGUUCGGUUGAUUUACACAACUUGAUUUAUACACGUACAUUUGAGUGAUUUAUAUGAAAAAUAUCGUUGAAAUAUAAACAAGAGGCCCAUAGGACCUGUA